AUGUCGCAUCAGACCGACCAAGAGGGUGGGGCCAGAUCUAGGGCUACCAAAAAGGCCGCCGCGCAAACCAAUCAAACGAAACGUGCGGCGGGGAAAAAGGCUGAGGUGGGAAAGCAGAAGCCCGGGAAGAAGGCGGAGGACAAGGGGAAGCAACCAACGGCACGCAAGCGUGUUUCGGCCGUCAGGAGCGAUGCGUAUGUUGCCACUGCUGCCCUUGAGCCCGGUCAUUCUGACGACGGCACCAUCGGCGGGAACGAAGACCCUGGGCGUGGCGGCGUGAGUGUUGCCGUCCGGUCGGGGGACAGAGAGGGCUUUGCGACUGGAGGAAAGCACGGCGACUCUCCCCGCCAAGAUCAGGCCGCAACUUCGCCGUCCGUGGCAGAGGCAAAGCAGCAGCAUCUGACGCUGCCCCCCCCGCUCGUGGUCGAAAUAUCUGCUGCAGUGAUAGAUAAGGAGAAGGAUGCUGCGCACAAUUGCACGGAGCGGCCGAAACACGACAUUGCCGACGUAGGUGGAUCUCCUCCCUCUGGGGGACGCGGGAGGCGUAGGCAGAGGAAGAGCGAUGGUGAGGAGGAGAAUGACACCCCCGUGGCUGAGGACAUGCCCAUACGCGCGAAGAGGAGGCAGACGACAGCCAGCGGUGACGACGCCGGUGGUGCUGAAGUUGGGACAAUGCGAGGCACCACGGCGCCAAGUGGCUUGGCGACAGAUCAUGCAAUGCGGCAUAAGGUGGGAUCCGGUCCGAGGAAACCAUCUAGCGGACGGAGGGGGAAGCAAUCUUCGGGGGGGAAUAGGCCGAAGCGCGGCAAAGAAGGCCCUGGUGAAGCGGAUGUUGAGGACGAGGGGGAUGGGGAGGAGGAGGCCGAGGAGGAUGCGGAGGAGGAGGACGAGGAUGCAGGGGAGGGAGAAAAGGACGAGGAUGAGCAGGAGGGCGACGAUGAUGAUGAGGAGGAGGAGGAGGAGGAGGAUGAGGAUGAGGACGAUGAGGAGGACGAUGAGGGGGACGACGAGGAUGAGGAGCAGGAGGAGGAGGAGGAGGAGGAUGAGGAGGAGGAGGAGGAGGAGGAGGAGGAGGAGGAGCAGGAGGAGGAGGAGGAGGAGGAAGAGGAGGAGGAGGAUGAUGAGGAGGAGGAUGAGGAGGAGGAGGACGACGAGGAGGAAGAGGAGGUGGAGGAAGGGGCGGAUGAGGAGGAGGAGGAGGAGGAGCCGGCAGGGAAAGGACGGGGCGCGCGAGGCGGGCGGGGGAGUGGCACAGGGAAGGUUGGGGGCCGGUCUGGACAAUCCCGGAAACGCGGGGCGGGUGACGCAAUGCGUGGCGGACCAGCGGGCAAAUCGAAGGCGCGUAAGGUGAAGGUUGAACUUGACCGGGGUGGAAGGAAGCAAGUGAGACAGGGAGCUAAAGGCGAUGGAGACGGAAAGGGACCGCGCGCGAAAGGGGUACCUGUGGGUUCGGCAAAGAAAGAACCUGCCCGCAUUGGGCCACCGGUAACCGUGCAACGGAUGCAGCUAGCGAAAGGGGCCGGAAGAGCGAGUGUGGCACCGCUAUCCACAGGAGGACCAAGGUUCUUCACGCCAUACUCCGGCCCGAGCAAAGUCGCUGCGACUGCACCCGGCGCGGCAACAGGCGAGGAAUCCGAAUCCCCUCCACCAGCCCCCGUCACGCACUCCCCACUCGCCUCUCCCUCAUACCCAUUUCGGCCACUACACGCUUCUCCAACCCGGGGCAGGGCGGUCUCCCCCCUCGCCGGUCCAUCGCGUGUGCAUCAACCAAGCACCUUUGCCAAUCCCUUCCCUGAGCUUCCCUUUUCCCGCCAGCGUGAUAGUGUGAGGGCACACGGUGCUGCUGCAGAAGACGUUGAUCCCCUUGGCCAGAGAGGGGUUUCUACACACCCUUUUCCGGAUGUCAUGGAUGCGCUGGCUGAAGGUGCAGAGCACGGGCAGUUUGUUACACGAGACGAGUUCCAGCAGCUACGGUCUGAGAUGUACGCCAUGUUUGCUCAGCUCGGCCUGCGUCGGGGAGCAACUGCCAGCUAUGCCGGGGGGGCCGCAGUGGUGCCGAUGGGUGGUACCCCGCCGCCGAUGAGUGCCGUGGACAAGGCACGUGUGCUUGUGCUGCAGGAGACCAACCCAUUCCCGGUAUGUGGCGGGUUGGGGUUGACACGGCGGACGCAAGAGGGUGUGACGUGGCGGGAUGUGUGGCUUGGUGCUGACGUGGCACCUUGGAAGGGCACACGGGAGCGGCGCUCAACGAGGCGCCGCAUGUCAGGUGGGUGGGGUGUGACGUGGCAUAGGGUGGGCGGGUGUGACGUGGCACGUGGGGCUGGCUGCUACCUGACGAUGCGGAUGCAGGAGGGUGUGCCGUGGCGGGAUGUGUGGCUUGGUGCUGACGUGGCGGCUUGGAAGGGUACACGGGAGCGGCGCGUGACGACGCUACACGUGUGCGGUGGGUGGCUUGGUGACGUGGCAUGGGGUGGGCGGGUAUGA